AUGAAACUAAUAUUCUGUGUCAUACUAUCUCUAGCAUUGAUACUGUUGUCCACGUCCUUGCACCUGGAGAUUGUCCAGGCACUCGAGUCCGAGAUCACAAACAAUGCGCCAACCUCUUACUCACUGCCUCUCUAUCCAGGCAAGUCUGGCAAACCAUCCAAAUGGCAACGGCCAACCCAUCCCUCCAAAGUUGUCCAUAGUCUAGGCGAUGAUCGAUUCGCAGUUAGGAUGAGUGGCGAGGGCAUUGAUAUUCGCACGAUUAUAUGGGUUGCUGAUCAGAAACAAGAGGUUAUAGUCGAUUCAGGUUCGAUCAUGUUGGUGGUGCCAUCGUCGGAAUGUCAGACUUGCCACCAGACCAAACCAUAUUACAAGUCAUCGUCCACAGCCAACUACAUGUCUUGCAAGUCAGCAGCAUGUAUUGGUUCCUACAUCAACUCUUGCACAACAACACCUGCACAUCCCAAUGGAACGUGUACCAAUCAGAUCAGUUAUCUCGAUCAAACAAAGAUCAAUUCAUAUAUCGUCACUGAUAGCUUCAAGAUGGCAGAGAAUAUGCCGGCCAGUCAACUGACAUUUGGAUCGAUAUACACUCAGGAGGGCGGACAUCCAUUGAUGUACGGAAUCAUGGGCAUGGGCAACACAUGUCCACGUUGUGAGAAGUCCGCCAUCGACGCGGUCUUUGAUCAUUUGAACAUUUCGCGCAAGUUUGCAAUGUGGUUCGAUGAAUCGUAUAAUGGAAUGUUAACGAUUGGCGAUGUGGACAAGCCACAGAAUGACCUACUGGCCUACACACCAUUGCUAUCAAUCGAUGUCAUUCACUAUGGUGUGUUCACGAGCUAUGCUGUCAUGUCCACUCAUGUCUACCCCGACAAACUGGUGCUCAACUCCAAAGACCUUGGUAUCACCAUCAUUGACACUGGAUCCACAUUCACACUCAUGGCCCCCGAUGCCUACGACAAGUUCAAAGAGUACCUUGUUCGCAACUGCUCUCUUCCAGCUGUCUGUGGGGAGCAAUCACUAGUUGAUGGAUAUUGCCAGACUCUGACUGAUGAAGAGGUGAACAUGUACCCAACGAUCAAGAUUGGCUUUGUUGGUGAUGUAGAGAUAUCGAUAUCACCCGCUACAUACUUGGCAACAACAGUUGAGGAUGGCAUCACAUAUCGAUGUCUUGGUGUUGUCAGGUCUCCCCUGGAGCAGAGGACAAUCCUUGGACUCUCUUGGUUGAGAAUCUUUGACAAAGAGCUACACAGGUUUGGAAUUGGAAAGAAGGUCACAUCAACUCAAAGCAGCUUUAGGAGCAGCAGAACAACUCCAGCACCAGUACCAAGCGUGCCAAAGCCUGCAUUGACUCCCUACAAGGAUGUGUUUGGUGAGUUACAAUGCAAGGUUGAAGUGGAUCAUCAUCGUCUCUCAGUCAUCAGAGACAAUGGACAUACAUUCUCCCAAUGGAAUAUAACGAUCAAGAACACUGGACAUGCCAACAUCACUGAUCUCCAAAUGGUCAUGAGCGACAACAUUGUAACGAUCAAUCGUAACUACUACCUCAACCGUUUCUCCUUCAGUCCACCUCUAUCACUUCAGCCAAAUGAUCAUAUCACCAUGCAAUACACUGCCAAAGGUGUUGAGCCUCUGAUCACGCUCCUGCCAGAGUACCCCGAGUGUAACUUCAUGCGCAACAAUAUCAUGACAUCUUCGUCCAAGAGUGCGACAGUGCGUACACAGACUCAGGCACAUACACAGGCAGUGCCAAAGACAGUGCCACAGACACAGCCACAUUCUCCGGCACAUGUGCCAGCAACCGUGAUCAAGAAGACCCCAUUGAGCUCAACCAACUCCAAAGUCAAGAAGAUUGACACAACGAUCUGUCAACUGAACUAUAGCCAACGCAAAGGAUACGAAUGGAGGGGAUCGAAUGGAAUAACAUACUCAUUCUGGGAAGUGGAUUUAAUCAAUAAUUCUAACAACAAUAUCACUGACGUGGUGUUGUCUACACUGGACGACAUUGUGUUUGCAAUUGGAAUGGAUCGCACCGUUGAUGGCCAGGCCAGCACCGUGCUCACACUGCCCAAGUCCAAGAUGGUGCCUGCUGGAGGCGACUACCGAUGGUUGUACUCCACUCGUCUGAGUGACUCUGUGACAUACUCUGUUACAGGUAUUGGAAACUGUCACUAG